AUGUCGGAGGAUGACGCACGUGCGAAGACCAAAGAGCUCAUUCUGGAAAACGAAAAGGAGUUCGUCAAAAGACGCGAGGCGUUGUACCAAGCCCACCCAGACCUCGCCCCAAAGCUGCGGAAAUGGAUGGAGGUACUGGAAGCUGCCCUUGGUGGAAUCCACUACUGGUGCACGAAUGCACCACGGUACGCGGUUCCCGAAACUGCCGAGGAAGAAAGCGAGGAGGAAUCGGACGAGGAGAGCUCUAGCGAUGAGGAUGAGUCCGAGGAUGACGAAGAAGAAGAAAAUGAUGAAGAGGAGGUGCGUGCGAACGGCACUAUUGACCAUGUCGGGGGUGGUGAUGAGCCCGAAGGAGAACCAGUGUGGACCCCCCUUGUCAACGGAGAAGAACACCCGGCAGUGCACCUUGAUGCCACACCCUUGCUAGCCCCAACAAACUACAUCGGGUCUAUCUCGACUAAUGAGGUGCAACUGGAGCUUGUUUCCGCACUUAAUGCCUGGCUUCAAGUUCCUAACCGACCUCUAACCUUUGUCAAGCAAGUGGUCAAUGACCUCCACGACAGUUCUGAGAUCCUGGCCAACAUUCAGGACCAAUCAUCUCUCCAACGCCAAAAGACCGCGGCUCACCUCGUCUUCGGUCCGGCUCAGUCCAUCAACAGUGCCGCCUACAUGUUCGUCCGCGUCGCCAAGACCGUGAACGGGCUCAACUGCCCUGGUAUGCUUGACGGCCUACUGGAGGAGCUUGAAACGCAUUUUAUCGGACAGUCUUGGGAGCUGAACUGGCGUUUCUCUCUUCAAUGUCCGACCGAGCAGGAGUAUUUGGAGAUGGUCGAUAAGAAGAGCGGAUCUAUCUUCCGCAUGUUGGUGCGUCUCAUGCAGUCCGCCAGCAUGGAGGGCUCGACCCUGGACUUUGAGCUUCUCACACAAUUAUUCGGCCGGUGGUACCAGAUCCGCAACGAGUAUCUGGGGCUGCUUACGGGCAACAACCAAAGAGGCUUCGGUGAGGAUCUGGAUCACGGCAAGAUCUCGUAUGCGGUCGUCAGGUGCUGCAACGUGGACCCUACCGCCAAGAGUAUCAUCCUGGGCAUCUUCAGACAGAAGGCUGAAGGAGCCUCAUUGUCUGCAGAAAGCAAGAUUCAGAUUUUGGAGCUCCUGCACAAGAGCGGUGCCCUGCAGGCGACUUAUGACCUGGUCCGACAGCUGGGUCGGGACAUUAUGAAGACAGUGAGCGAGCUAGAAAUAGCCGCAGAAGAGACCAACCCCGGACUCAAGGCCCUUGUGAAGACGCUGGGUGAUAUCCCAGCCCCCACUCAGGAGUGA